CUUGUACAAUAUAAUUAUAAAAAAGCCCUAAAUUUCAUUUCUAUACUUCAACAUGGCUUCUUCUCUCUUCUUACUUGUUCUAAUUUUUUGCAUUUUCUCAGUGGCUGCUGGUGUUUUUGUUAGCAUAGAUUGUGGUUCAUCAGACAAUUAUACCGACGAGAAUUUGAUACAAUGGACUGAAGAUGAUUUAUACAUCAAAAAUGGCGAAAACCUGAUGGUACAACCUGCUAACUCAAUAUCUCGAGUCAUGGACACUCUAAGAGUUUUCACUAGUCGAAAGAAAAAUUGUUACUUGAUUGAAAGUGAUACGAGUGGGCGUGUUCUUGUACGCGCUAGCUUUUAUUAUGGAAAUUAUGACAAGAAAUCUUCUCCACCUACGUUCGAUCUUCAAUUUGAUGGGAACUAUUGGCUGACAGUUGAGACUUCGUCUACUGAUUAUGUAUAUUAUGAGGCCAUAUACGUUGUGAAGAAGGAUUAUAUAAGCGUAUGCGUAGCGCAAACGGAGCCUAAUCAGUUUCCAUUUAUAUCGGCUCUUGAAGUUCGCGGAUUGGAGUCAUAUAUGUAUAACUAUAUAGAUAAAAAUUAUCCUCUGUUCUUGGUCAAAAGGAUUGCUUAUGGUGCAAAUGCAACUGUCAGGUAUAUAGACGAUCAUUACGACAGAAUAUGGACUCCUGAAGCAGCCGGCAAAGGAUUAACUGAAGUAAAUAGCGAUGCAUUCUUUAGUGUACCAGGAAUAGCAGAUAACCCUCCACCUGCAGUGCUGCUAAAUGCAGUUACGACAAUCAAUCCCUCUUCAAGUAUCCUAUUGAAUAUGGGAUUUCCUCGAGUUGAAGUUCCUGCCUACUUAAACUGGUAUUUUUCCGAGGUUACUCAGUUGGAAGCAAAUGAAACACGUUCUUUUAUGGUUUACAAGGACGGCCAACCUCUCACCCAGGCAAUUUCACCUCCUUAUGGAAACUUUACGCAGUGGUAUGCUAGUAACUAUACAGUUUCUUCAAAUACUACGUUUUCUCUCGUGCCUACUAAGAACUCGACCCUUCCCCCGCUCAUUAACGCCAUGGAAGUCUUUCUAAUUGGAGACGCUCUAACAGAUGGAACCAACAGCAAAGAUGUCGAGGGGUUAGUUUCGCUACAAAAUGCUUUCGAAGACUUACAAGACUGGAGUGGAGAUCCAUGUCUUCCGGCGCCUUAUACAUGGGACUGGAUCAAUUGCAGCAAUGAUGCUACACCACGAGUGACAGCACUGUAUCUUGGUAGCUUCAAUCUCUCGGGGCCACUUCCAGAUUUUGGUUCAAUGAAUGCGCUUGAAACAAUAGAUCUUCACAAUAACAGUUUGUAUGGAACUAUUCCAGAUUUUCUUGGCACAUUCCCAUACCUUAAAGAACUGAAUCUUGCGGAUAACCAAUUUACUGGUUUUAUACCAGGUUCACUGUCAAAGAAAAAUGACCUGAAAUUAGAGGUAACAGGUAAUCCUGAUCUAUGCACAUCAGGCAAAUCGUGCCAGUUGACUGACGAUCCAAAAAUGCGUUCUUCCGGCAGUAAGGAGAAGAAGAGCAAGCUACCAGUAAUUCUUGGCAUUACAAUUCCAAUAUUUGUAGUAAUCUGGGCUAUUGUGGGUGUUUAUAUCAUAUUAAAGCAUAGGAGAAAAACUGCUGCAAUAGCCGUACUCGAUGCAGGACAAAAUGGAGGAGCUCAAAUGAAUGAGAUGAAGGUGAACAUAGAGGAGCAAGCACUGAAUGCGGAUCAAACAUAUAGACAGAAGCAUUCGUGUGAACAUCAAGAGAGGGACCUGUAUUAAUUUGUUUGUUCUCACUCUCCAACAAGACAGGGAACUCUAUCAAAUGAACAUCAAAAGAUCUGAUUUGAUUUGUACUUGUUGUUUCGUGUUGUAGACAAAAUGGUGGAACUCAAAUAAGUUGAAGGUGAACAUAGAGGAGAUAUUUAAUGUGGAUCAAACAAAUGUUAACUUCUAUUAGAAUUUUGAUUUGAUAUGGUCCAAUUAAAAUAAGAUUCUAUUUGUAAUGGGAUUAUUGUAACUAACAUCGAAUGGAAUUUAGAAGGUUCUUCUUUUGUGUUCCUAUAAAUAGGAGCCGCUCCGUUUUAUUUUCUUUAUCUCAGUUUGUAAUAUGGUUAUGGUCCAUCUUGGGAUAGAAUUGGGGAUUCUUUUUCGAUGUCAA